AUGGCAUUCUACGGAGUAGGUUUAGAUGUUAAGGUUAGAGAGCUUAACCUCCAAUUCAAGCUUUCCAUUCAAUAGAAGGGAGGAGUUGGACUUAGAACUCUCAAGAGAAUUUUCCAAAGAAUGGACUAUAACGGAAAUAAAAAGCUUGAUGCAAGUGAGUUCGAGCAAGCUCUAGGUGCUUUCGGACUUUUCCCCAAGAAAGUCGAGCUCUAAGCCUUAAUGAAAUACUACGAUGUUGAUGGAGAUGGCAACAUUUCAUAUGAAGAAUUCAUCAGAGGACUAAGAGAUGAACUUACUGAGAGAAGAAAGAAGAUGGUUGAGAAAGCUUUCAGAAUGAUGGACAGAGAUGGCUCAGGUUAAUUGAAUAUCAACGAUCUCAUUUCUAUAUAUGAUGUUUCAAUGAACCCAGAGUUUAUUGAGGGAAGAAAGACUAGAGAGCAAAUCCUAGGAGAUUUCCUUAACAAUUUUGAAGGAGCAAAGGGAAACAGAGACGGAAUAAUCUCAAAAGAGGAGUUCUUCGAUUACUACACUGAUCUAUCCAUGUCAGUUCCAAGUGACGAAUACUUCGUUAGAAUGAUGGAGUCAACUUGGUAAUGCCCAGAGGAGGACAAUGAUGGUGCUGUCAAGGCAACCGUCCAAAUGCUCCUCAAGGAGGUUAGACUUAGACUUCUAGAACUAGCUAGAAACGAUCCCAAAUUAGUUAGAAAGGUAUUCUCAGACUUCGAUCUAAACUAAUCAGGCCAUCUCACCAUUGAUGAGGUCACUAACAUGAUUGCUAAACUUAAAAUUAGCGUCGAGAGAAAGAUGGUUUAUCCAUUUUUCAAAAUUAUUGAUAAUGAUAACUCUGGUGGUGUUGAAUAUGCUGAAUUCGAAAAGUACCUUCUCUAGAAUCCAUACUGA